AUGCGUGAAAUCGUAUCUCUUCAUAUUGGACAGGCCGGUAUUCAACUCGGUAAUGAUUGCUGGGAGCUCUUCUGCCUCGAGCACGGAAUUAAUGCCGAGGGUUACAGAGUGAACCCCAACGACCAGACGGAGAACUACCGCACUUUCUUCAACGAGUCUGACUCUGGAAAGCUGGUUCCUCGUGCCGUGUUCGUGGAUCUGGAGCCUACCGUGAUCAACCAGAUCCGCAACGGACCUUGCCGCAACCUGUUCCACCCUGAGCAGCUGAUCUCCGGAAAGGAGGACGCCGCUAACAACUACGCCCGUGGACACUACACCGUGGGAAAGGAGUACGUGGACAUCGUGAUGGACCGUCUGCGCAAGGUGGCUGAUGCUUGUGACUCGAUUCAGGGUUUCCUGAUCUUCAACUCCGUGGGUGGAGGUACCGGAUCGGGUUUCGGCUCUCUGCUUCUGGAGAGACUGACCGUGGACUACGGCAAGAAGUCCAAGCUGGGCUUCUCGAUCUACCCUUCGCCUCUGCUCGGAACCUCGGUGGUGGAGCCCUACAACGCCGUGCUGAGCACCCACAACCUCCUGGAGAACACGGAGCUGACGGUGGUGCUGGACAACGAAGCCAUCUACGACAUCUGCCGCAACAACCUGAGCAUCGAGCGUCCGACCUACACGAACCUGAACCGUCUGAUCGCCCAGGUGAUCUCCUCCAUGACCGCCUCUCUGCGUUUCAGCGGCGCUCUGAACAUGGAUAUCAACGAGUUCCAGACCAACCUGGUGCCGUACCCUCGCAUCCACUUCAUGCUUUCCUCCUACGCCCCCGUGAUCACGCCUCACAAGGCUCUGAUGGAGAACAUGUCCGUUGCCGAGACCACCAACCAGGUCUUCGAUAGCAGCAGCAUGAUGUGCAAGUGCGAUCCUCGCCGCGGCAAGUUCAUGGCCUGCUGUCUGAUGUACCGUGGCGACGUGACGCCCAAGGACGUCACUGCGGCGGUGACCACCAUCAAGAACAAGAAGACGGUGCAGUUCGUGGACUGGUGCCCCACCGGCUUCAAGUGCGGAAUCAACAGCCAGCCGCCCAUGGGUCGCGUGCCUCGCGCGGUGUGCAUGCUGAGCAACAACACGGCGAUCGCCGACGUGUUCGGCCGCAUGAACCAGAAGUUCGAUCUGAUGUACGCCAAGAGAGCCUUCGUCCACUACUACGUCAGCGAGGGAAUGGAAGAGGGAGAGUUCGCCGAGGCGCGUGAGGAUCUGGCCGCUCUGGAGAAGGACUACGAGGAGGUCGCUCAGGAGGAGGAGUACAUGGACCAGGAGCUGUAAAGUUUUGUUUGUUCGAUACAAAAGCAUGGCGAUCUAUUCUCCCGACGAGUGGAGGCCGCUCUUGAUUAUACUGCAGAUUAUAGCGAACCAGGUAGACAAGAAAGGCAGAGAUGAGGGAAUAGUGCUGGUUCUAUGCGAUCUGGAUGAACUUACACUAUAUCUCGGCAAAUCUACUGGGAAUGGAUUUGAAUAUGAACGUUUCGUUCUUUUUCACCGAUUACGUACGGUUCACGAUGAGAUUGUAAAGGGUAGGAAUUCAGUCUUGUAGACACGCAUUUUUACCUUAUCAUUGUUGAGUUAUCCUUGACUUGUGCCAUCAUGUUUGAGAGGAUUAUUUUGUCUCACGCCUAGGUCUCCAAUCGUGGUGUUCAUUGUGGAGAGAGCCAAAAAGUGCCUCGAUUUCUGUUUCACCAUUUUCCUGAUUCACUUUUGUACUUGCUGCUUCUUCAAUGUACAGGAAAUUGCAGGGAGAUUUGAAACGUAGGGAAUUCCUCUCAAUAUCUACUGGUGGGUAACAAUGGGAGUGUGUUUUGGAGUUAUGACGCUGACCUGUAUGAGGAGGAAAAGGUCUUUCAUUUGUAGCUGAACGAAUUGCAAUCAAGCGAGAGCUGGAGGAUAUUCUUGUUUCUGACAUUUUAGAAUCUGUAUGAUACGUGUGUUUUGUUUU